GAUUUUUCUAAGCAUGGCGGCGUUGCUGCUGAUCGUGCUCUACGCUUGUAGCACCGUCGUGACGGCAGCGGAAGUCGGCGCGGCAGUCAAAGUCCCUGUGUAUCCUUACCUCGUGGAGUGCUUCUGCAACACGACAGUGACGUCCCAAGUCACUGUGAUCACGACCGACGCGUCGCAGAACACCCAGUCAGCGUCCAUCCAGCUCCCGUCAUGCAUCGAUGACGUCUUUGCCACGACCGGCAUUCGGUGGUACAUGAAUGGGCCGUUCGACCCAGCAAUCACGUACUGGCCAACGUCCAGCCCCGUCGACUACAGCGGGGAUCGCGGCGCGAUUCGCCUCAUUCGCCUCGGCUAUAGGUGCCAAAAGACCCCAUUGGGCGACUCGUCGUUAUUAUAACAGUAAUUAUAACAUAUACUUCUACGUCGUUAUAAAACUAUUUUAGAUGCUGCUUCUUGUACUUGAUGAACCGAAGGAGGUUGAGCCGUGUUUCCUUGGCAUGGGCGACCAAUUCCCGGUCCAGCGACUUGGCUUCGCUCUUGAUCUAUCGGCACACACACCCACGAUUGUAUAUCACCAUUCCGUGUAUCAUGUUAUAACAUUGUUACAAUAAAUAUACCUUGG